CUUAUGUUUAUUUCUAAAUAAUAAUCGAGAUACCUUUGGAUUCAAUUAAACUCUUCAAAUUUUACAUACAAAAAAAAAUCUUGAGAUAUCUCCUUCUAAAUCUAAUGAAUUGUCGAUAUUUUGAAGCUCUUAAUAAUCAGAAACUUUUGUUUUUUGGCUUAUAUACUACUCUUGACACAUAAACUGAUUAUCAGAUAGUCUUUAUAGAACGUUUAUUAAAUCAAUAGCAAGAGAUUCUCAUCAAACAUGAGGUUUUCAUAGCAUUCAAUCACAUCUGGAAAGCUUUAUGCCUUUAUGUCAAUUGCAUUAUAUUGAUCAUGGAAGCUAAACAAAAAAAUAAAAAUAAAAAUAUAGUGUGCAAACAAACAAUAGAUAUCCACAUAGAAAUAAUUUGUUUAUGCGUGUCUUCAUUGUAUAUUAUAUAUUUUAUCCAUAGUAUAGUUUGUUUUUUUUUAGUUUUUAUAUAUCUAUAAUGCCGGACAGUCUAUAGGGUAUUUUAUAAAUUGAGUUGCCAUGUAACUUAAUUUCACUCUUAUAUCCUGCAUAAGAAAGUAAUCAGUACAAUAAAUAAAUAGAUAAAACUGAGCUAAAACGUCAGUCAACUAAUUUUUAAUAAAAAAAAAUAUACAUUUUAAAAGCAUGUUUGCUAAUUGUAUAUGCUAAGGAUUAAAGUAGUCGUGGCUUUUAAGAGAUGCUUUAUCACAGCAACAGAUGGCGGUAUUUGAAGAUCUUUCAC